AUGUCAAAACCUUGUAUGGCAGAUGACACCUGGACAAGUAGUAGAUUUGACAUGGACAACACACGCGAUCCAUCUCUUGAUUCUCAUGACUUCAUAAAUCAUGGUUUUCUUCUGUGGAACCAAAGUAGACAGCAGUGGAUAGGAAAUAAAAGAAAUAGACAAAGAAACAAGCCUCGCGAACCAAGAUUGAGUAAGAAUGUUACGUAUGAUAGUUUGCUAGGUAGCAACAAGCCCUUUGCAAAGCCCAUUCCUCUUUCUGAAAUGGUAGAUUUUUUGGGGGAUGUAUGGGAGCAGGAAGGGUUGUAUGAUUGAAAAUAGGUGGAAAUUAAACUUAGUCUUGAAUUGUGGUUUAAAAUAACACAUUAGGUUAUUAUGUUGAAUUCUUUUUAUUUUUAUUUUUAUUUAUUAUGCUUACUGUAACCUUUAUUUAUUUUUCUGGUAUUGGACUAUUUAACUGACUAGAUCCAUAGGCAGAACUUGUAAAAACCCCCUGGUUUAAACUUUAAACUUUAAACUUGUAACUUUAUUUCUCACCUAGGGAUGUAAGAUGUUGCAUAAAAUACAAGAAAAGGAAAA